AUGAACAGCACUACUCCAACCCCAAAGCCACUCUACGCCUUUACCAGGAGUGUCACCCGGCCACAGCAGACCAAGCUUGUCUCGCAAUUUGAAUAUGAGCUUUGUUGGGCAUACGAUGACUCUUCUUCCUUCCGGUCCUACGACAAAGUGUCAGUGUUAGCCUUCCACUGGGCUAAUGGUAAUCUCAAUGUUGAGCAUCUGGAGACCGAACUCCUCGAAGUGUUCAAAACGCAUCAUGGGUUCGAAACAAGCUCAUACACCAUUCCGGUGGGCCCAAAUAUCAAUUCCCACAUCGAAUUCCUCCAGCAUCUCAUCGAUCAUGGCAAUAAGUCAGCCGGGGGUAACCUUGAGCUCUUUCCUGGGUCCGUGUGUUACAUCUUUGAUACGUGUUCUGCCGUUGCUGGUGUGUCCGAAUCGACAUCAGGGACGGAGUUUAUGGCUGCAGCCGCGUGGAAUAAUACUCCGGCUUCCACCUAUAACACUUCCUCUAUCCGAGCCCUCAUUGAUACCCUCGAUGAAAUGAGAGAUGAGAAUAGUAUACUUGCUACAGUGUACAGCCAGCUUCUACAUGUGGCUCGAUCAAGUCAGGUACAUAUUUCUCCAUUCUACAGCAGAAAGUCCCCCACGCGAAGUGUCACCAUUAGCUACCAGGACUACCAGGCGCGGCCUCGAUCUCAGGCUGCAACAAGGAACCAAAUUAGGGUCCUGCUUAGUGUCAGCGUUGAUAAUAUCAAUGAUCCAAGGACAUUGGACAUCGAUUUCUGGAGACAGUAG